AUAUACUGACCUAUCGCAAUGCAAAAUCUGGAUGAAAGUCCCUUGCACCUGUUGCAGCCCCGCAGACAGUGCAUACGAUGUGGAGGAGAGCUGCAGGUCACACAGGCACAGAGCAGGACUCUAUAUAUAUGCAGGUGCUACUCUAGACAUGAGAUGGCUGAGGAGAGACUGGCACUCAGAACUCUAGGCAUGGCGAAAAGGGACAUGCAAGAGAGGGGCCACUGGGCAGCAGGACGGGUUGGGGACAUUGAUUUUGUUGGAUCCAGCCGGACCAGAGGAAAGUUUGUGCGGGUGCGCAGCUCCGCAGAUCCUGCUGAUAUCUAUGAGCUGCUCACAGAGCAGUGGGGGCUUUCCCCACCCCACCUGGUGGUGGCGCUGGUCGGGGGGGACGAGCUGGCCCAGAUGAAGCCAUGGCUGAGGGACACAGUGAGGAAAGGCCUUGUCAAGGCUGCUCAGAGUACAGGUGCAUGGAUACUUACCAGUGGCCUUCGCUUUGGCAUUACCAAACACCUUGGACAGGCUGUGAGGGACCACUCUCUUGCCAGCACAUCCUCUAAAGUGCGUGUUGUGGCUAUAGGCAUUGCACCAUGGACCAUGAUCCAUAACAGAGACAUGCUGGUCACUGCCAGACCAGAUCAUCCAGUCAGCUACCCCACAGAGGACCUGCCACAUGGGGCAGUGUACUCCCUGGACUGCAACCACUCCCAUUUUGUCCUGGUGGAGGAGGAUCCCCAGCAUCCAGGGGCCACCAGUGAGAUGAGAGUCAAGCUCCUCAAGCACAUCUCCCUGCAGCGCACUGGAUAUGGGGGUACAAGCAGUUUUGAGAUCCCAGUGCUGUGUUGGCUAGUUCAUGGAGAGCCAAAGAUCCUCCAGAGAAUGUUCAAAGGCAUUUUAAAUGCAACCCCCUGGUUGAUACUGGCAGGGUCAGGGGGCGUGGCGGACAUCCUCGUGACGCUGAUAAAUAGAGGAUGCUGGGAGGCUGACAUGGUGCAGGAGUUGCUGCAGGACACUUUCCCCAAUGGACAUCACAGCGCUGACAUCACUUCCUGGGUAAAGCUGAUUCAGAAGAUACUGGACCAUGGCCACCUGUUAACUGUGCAUGACCCCGAGCAGGAUAGCUCUGAAUUAGACACUGUCAUUCUCAAAGCCUUGGUGAAGGCUUGCAAAAGUCAAAGUCAGGAAGCUCAGGACUUCCUUGAUGAGUUGAAGUUAGCAGUUGCAUGGAACCGAGUAGACAUUGCCAAGAGUGAAAUCUUCAAUGGAGAUGUGGAGUGGAGGGCUUGUGACUUAGAGGAAGUUAUGAUGGAUGCCCUAGUCAAUGACAAGCCCGACUUUGUGCGGUUGUUUGUGGACAACGGGGUGAACCUGGGGGAGUUCCUGACCUACGGGCGCCUGCAGGAGCUCUACUGCUCCGUGUCGGAGAAGAGCCUGAUCCACUUCCUGCUGCUGAAGAAGCUCCAGGAGAAACAGCUGAUCCUGGCCUCGGCCCGCGUCCCCGGACCCACCUACUCAGAACAGGGUGACCGCCGGACUCGCUUCACCCUCCACGAGGUCUCCAAAGUCCUCAAAGACUUCCUCCAUGACUCCUGCAAAGGCUUCUAUCAGAAGCUGCCAGCUGAGAAAGGAAGCAAAAGUCGCCUCUUUCAAAGUCACAAGAACCUUCCAGAUAUGGAGCAGCGCAGUGAGAACCCCUGGAGAGAUCUUUUCUUGUGGGCUAUCCUGCAGAACCGACAGCAGAUGGCCAACUACUUCUGGGCUAUGGGUCCUGAGGCAGUGGCUGCAGCUUUGGCUGGUUGUAAAAUUAUGAAGGAAAUGGCCCACUUGGAGUCAGAGGCAGAGUCCGCACGAAGUAUGAAGGAGGCCAAAUAUGAGCAGUUUGCACUGGAUCUCUUUAGUGAAUGUUACUCCAAUAGUGAGGACCGUGCCUAUGCUCUGCUGGUGAGAAAAACUCAAUGCUGGAGCAAGUCCACUGUCCUUACGCUGGCAACUGAGGCAGAUGCCAAGUCUUUCUUUGCCCAUGAUGGUGUACAGGCAAUGUUGACUAAGAUCUGGUGGGGAGCCAUGACCACAGAUACGGCCAUCUCCAAACUGGUCCUCUCCUUCUUCUGCCCUCCUCUCAUCUGGACUAAUCUCAUAAAGUUUAGUGAUGACGAACUGCAGAAUCGAGGCCGUGGUGAACAGUUUGGAGAGCUGGACAGCCUGGACACAGAGAAAGCCCUACUUCUGUCAGAUGAGGACCCUCUCAGCGUUGCGGCCGUGGGCGGCCGUAGCACAGAGAGCAGUGGGGCGACCUGGAGUCGCUUCCUCCUGCGCCGCUGGCGUCGAUUCUGGAGCGCGCCCGUCACCGUCUUCCUGGGCAACGUCAUCAUGUACUUUGCUUUCCUGAUCCUCUUCACCUACGUCCUGCUCCUGGACUUCCAGCCCCCGCCCCCCCUCGGCCCCUCGGGGGCAGAGAUCAUGCUCUACUUCUGGGUGUUCACCCUGGUGCUCGAGGAGCUGAGACAGAGCUUCUUCACCGAUGAGGACACCAGCAUCCUGAAAAAGCUGAAGCUCUAUGUUGAAGACAACUGGAACAAAUGUGACAUGGUGGCCAUCAGUCUCUUUGUUGUGGGGGUGUCCUGCAGGAUGGUGAACAGUACAUAUGAUGCAGGGCGGACUGUCCUUGCAUUGGACUUCAUGGUCUUCACUUUAAGACUCAUCCAUAUUUUUGCCAUACACAAGCAGCUUGGGCCCAAGAUCAUCAUUGUUGAGAGAAUGAUGAAGGAUGUGUUCUUCUUCCUCUUCUUCUUGAGUGUGUGGCUGAUAGCCUAUGGUGUAACCACACAAGCUUUGCUCCACCCCAACGACCAUCGCUUGGACUGGAUCUUCAGACGAACACUGUAUCGCCCCUACCUCCACAUCUUUGGUCAGAUACCCUUGGAGGAGAUAGAUGCGGCCCUCAUGCCAGAGACUAACUGCACCACAGACAUAGGGGAGAUCAUUAGAGGCACCCUCCCUCCUUGCCCCAACAUCUAUGCCAACUGGCUGGUCAUACUGCUGCUGGUCAUCUACCUUCUGGUCACUAACGUGCUGCUGCUCAACCUGCUGAUUGCCAUGUUCAGCUACACCUUCCAGGUGGUACAGGGAAACACGGACAUCUUCUGGAAGUUCCAGCGGUACAACCUGAUUGUGGAGUACCACAGCCGCCCUGCGCUGGCCCCUCCCUUCAUCAUCAUCAGCCAUCUAUCCCAGCUGCUCCUCAGCGUGUGCAACAAGACCGAGUCCAAGCAGGAGCAUCUCGAGAGAGAGUUUCCUCCAGUACUGGACCAGAAGCUCAUGACGUGGGAGACUGUCCAGAAGGAGAACUAUUUAGCCAAACUGGAGCGCCAGCACUUGGAGAGCAGUGAGGAGAGACUUAGGAACACAUCCUCCAAAGUGCAGAGUGUACUGAGGACUGUUGAAGCAUUCAAAGAACAGUUCAAACGUCUGUCAUCUAUGGAAGCUCAGGUAAAAUACUGGAUUACUGACUGUUUCGCUCAGAACACCUCUAAAUUGGACAGAGACCCUGCAAAGGAUCCACGUUCUAAGGGUAGCGGCCCCACUGGUCCACAACCACAGCAAAGUGAAACGGUGAAAGAAGAGAGAGGGCACCUGGGAUAUGGUGCCAACAAGAAAUUCCCCUACAUCGAUGAAUAACGGACAGUUUUGGACAGUUCAUGUUGAUGGCAAGGGAUUGCAACUGCAUUUUGGCCACAUUUCCUGACAUACAUGUACAAAGUUGCAUUGGAAUGUGCUGGAAUGCAAUAUUAGUAUACAGAACAUAAUGAAUUUACCAGAAAUCCAUGGCCUUUCACUGCCAAAACACUUAAGUAUGCAUCUAUUACACUUAUAUUGACAGGAGUUGUCGUCGCCUUGAAAAGAGCCUUCUUUACCCAUGCUCACUUAAAGAUGAGGUACUUUAGCACAAAAUGUUUAUGCUGAUGUAUUUGCUAAGGAGAUGAUUUGAUAUGUUUAUAUUGAUAUUUUUUUUCAACAUUCUUAUCUUUUGUUUCUUGAAUAUGAUUUAGUUUAGAUUCAAAUUAAUUUAAA